AUGCACACGAGAGGCAAAAGCGGCACUACCGCCAAAACGGCCACGACGCUCGACAAAGCGGCCAUUGCCAGUGCUGCAGAAGACGCCAAUGGUCAACGAGACUCAUGGCUUCCGAAGCCGUUGGAUCGGGAAGAAGAGGAGGACGCCGAUUUCACUCCUCUCCCAUCCCCUCGGUCGCUGUCCCGCUCCUUUCACUCCUCGAACUCUCGAUCCUUCGCAGCCGAAUGCCUCCAGCUCUCUGGAACUAUUUUUCAAGAGGUGCACACGUUGACCGGGCUCCCGUGGUACCUGUCGAUCCCCCUGACGGCCUCACUCCUGCGCAUGACCUGGAUCCCCGUCCAGCUGUUGACGCACCGUAGUCGGAAACGGAGAGAAACCGCCAUGCAGCUGGCGUCCGCCUGGCGCAUCGCCUAUCAAGACACGGCGAGGAUUAAAUUCCCCUUAGGAAGAGAGGCAGACGCCAAAAAGGCCGAGAAAUGGGUCGCCAGCCAGCUCAGGGCCCGCAGGAAAGCCAUCCAGAAGCACAGCUCGUAUCUUCCGGUCUGGGUGGAACCGGUGCUGGCUCUGUCCUUCAUCCCGGUCUGGGUGUUCAGUAUGGAUUGCAUACGGCGCAUGGCGGGCGACAAGCGGACGGUGACCUCGCUCUUCUUCCGGUCUGACGGCAGCACCAUAGAUCCGAACAUUGUGCCUAUGGAACCGGGCUUUCAGACGGAAAGCCUCUGGUGGAUAUCCGAUCUGGCCUCGCCGGACCACCUCUGGGUCCUCCCCAUCACAUAUGGCACCCUGGCGACCUUGAGUGUGUGGUUGCGGGUGAGGGAAGCCGCCAAACAACAGCCCGACACCGGCUCUUUGAACGGCGAUGCCGACCGGUUGAGAGCUUUCUCUGCAAAGUUCUCCAAGACUCUGUCCUACGUCUUGACGGCGAUGCCCUCCAUCUUUACCUACCUGAUCAUCCGGAGCGACCUGUCGACUGCGGUGGUCCUGUACCUUAUCGGGACCACGACAACGCAGCUGGUCCAGCGGCCUCUCCUCGCCCGCGUUCUCGGGACCACCAAGCGUUUUCCACUGCUCAAGGCAAAACAGGCGAAAGCAAAAGGACAGGCGGAGGAAUGA